AUGCGCGGACGAGCGAUGCGCGCGUGCGCGGAGACGAUCGGCGCGAUGCGCCGCGGCGCGACGCGCGCGGAACGCGGCGCGAUCGGACGGUGGUUGAUUUCGAGCCGCGAUGACGAUCGAAGCGCUGGCGCGACGCGCGAGCGCGCGAACGCGCUCGAGACGCGACCGCGGACGUACGCCAACGCGUCGCGAGCGUUCGGGGCGUCGCGCACGGUGGAACAGUGGAGCGAACUCGCGGAACGGGGGGUGGACGUGAAUCCGUGCAAUAGCCCGAAACACCCGGCGGCGCUGGCGGGAGUGCAGACGGCGUUCGACGCCGGACGCACGCGAAGGAGCCUGCAGGAGGCGUAUGAUCCGCAUUGUAUCGAUUUCGUGUGCGGACGCGCGCACGACACGGCGGGGAAGAUUGGAUUGGUGUCGUAUCGAUGCGAAAACGAGGAAAACGUGCUCGAGUCGCACUUGAAGUUUCCGUCGCAGUACGAAGAGUUUCCAGGAAUCAUCGGACCGGCGAUGUACGGCGUCGCGGCGAGCGCGCAUGGAAAUUGGGCGGCGUCGAUCGCGCUGAUGGACCGCGCGAUCCUACCGAGACCGCCGUUGGUGGCGGUGAAAUCGCUCGCGGUGAGCGUCGUCGACUUGGUCGGUCCGGGCGAGCCCUUGACGUUACGAUCGCGAUUGCUCGAGGUCGAGGACGCGCGCGAACCGUUCCGCGUCGUCGUCGAGAUCGAGAUCAAAUCCAAAGCCACGUCAAAAGUCGUCGCUCGAGCGGAGUGUUCGUACGAAAAAAUCGGCGCCGUGCGUUCGAUGCGGUGA